AUGGACGAUAUGAACGGGCUAGACGGAUUGGAGAGUAUACUGGAGUCUCUCACUGGGAAAAAGAGAGCGUCCAAAUCCAUCUUAGAAAAUCUGCACAGGCUUUCCGAUGUGGAACUUGAGAAUAUAGACAACACCUGUUCUAUAUGUUACGACCAAUACACUAAAUCGACAGAUUUGGCACCUUCGGGGAUAGAAGGCUAUGAAACGACGGAUCCGCCAAUUUUCUUUCCGGUGGUGGAGACAGCCACUUAUGUUACAACUGCUGACUUCUGUGAUCCAAACGCUGACCAUUACGCAGUCAGGCUACCUUGCAAUCACAUUUUUGGGAACUCUUGCAUACGUGAAUGGCUGAAAAACAACGUAUCAUGUCCACUAUGUCGCCGAGAAGUUGAAGAGAAGCGCAAGACAUAUAUGUACAAACGUGCAAUCACUGAAACUUACGUCCCUGUAGACUGGACAUGCCCACUUGGGCGUGGUGAGAUUAGAUUAUCGGAUCCUCCAUUGACUAUGCCUGUACCAGGUAUCGGCAUGUCCAGUGGCCAAAGAACAGGGAGGGAUCCCGAUGCAAGUGGAAACUCUACUGGAAAUUAA